CGUAUACUAUCCGCCAUUAUCCUUCGUGGAAAACUGUACAGGCGAGACGCAACCGUCGUUUGUCUCAAAUUUUUGUUUGAAUCGUUGAUACUUUUAUGUAUUUAAAUAAUUUUUUUCUUAUGGUUCGUUACAAUUUCGGAGUUAAAGUAUUUAAUAGUCAUUUGUGUGCAGUGAUUCUAAUCAGAUAAACUUGUAUCGAAUAAAAGAGCAGUGGAUUUGAAUAAGUACGUUUGAAGGCUGUUUGACUCGUUCGCAACAAAUUCAGCUAUAGGUACCCGAGGACCAUGGAGCUAUCGAUUAUAGCUCAACACGAUGAUCUGAGACGAUGCUCGGAUAUUUUAAAAGACGGAAGAGCGGAACUAGAGUUUCUAAAGUUUGUUCAGCAUCAGGAUGGAUGUCGUUUGCAAUGGCUUAAGCUUUCGCAGGAAACACAGAGACUUCAACGCGAACUUGAUACAGCUUUACAUCAAAUGUCUGAUUUAGACACCAAACUGUUUUUCGCUCGAAAAUUGUUAGACGAGGAAACCAAGGCUAGAAAACGUGCUGAGUAUGAGCGAGACGCUAUUGAGAAAAAAAUGGGUGCUGUAUACGAUAUAAUGAAAAAUGAGCAUGAUAUUAAAGAUGAGACCAGAGAACGUUUAGCCUUUAUGAAUGCAUUUUCAUACAAACGAAAAUCCACCCAUCAACAAGGUGACAAGUUGGGAAAUGACAUAAAUUCUACUGGCUCAUUUUUAUCAGAUCUCUCAUUGACACAAUCAGAAGAUGAUUUUAUCAAUCUAAAGACAAAUCGUAAAAGUUCAUGGAGAAAACAUCGUCCAUCGAUGGUGUCUGGUGCCGUUGGUACUGGAGUAGGUAAUAAACGUACGAGACUCAGUCAAGAUAAUUUUAAGAGGAGUACAAGCGAAACUACAAAGAUGAUUGAAAUUGGGCCAAAUGAAAACAUUGUUGCGCAUACAAAAGUUUCAGUGCCUCAGGAUGAUGGACCAAUUCUUGCCGAAUCUAUAAUUCAUGCUUUGCCACAAAACCAUCAAACUGCGAAUACAAAAUCAACAGGGAACGAUUCGACAGCAAAAGAAAAUAUUUCUCCAAACAUUUUUAAAACACCUACAAAAACCGGUUCCAAGUAUUCCAAAAAUAAUAUAUUCACACCUUCAGCACCCCCAAUUGAAGAAAUAGAACCAGUUGUUCAUCAUGGAAAUAUUGCAACACCGACCGUUAAACGCAGUUUUAUGAGAAUGCACGCAUUUACUGGAAAGACAUUUCUUAAAUACUCCGAGAUUUGUACACAUUGUCAGCAAAGAAUUCGUUUCGGAUCCGUUGGUCUGCGAUGUCGGGAUUGUAAAGCCGUAGUACAUUCCGAUUGUCGAGAACGAUUGACAAUUGCUUGUGUACCGCAGAGCGCUGGUACUCCAACAGUUAAGGGUCAACAGGUGGGUUGUUUGUCGGAUUACACACCAAACGUUGGGCCAAUGAUACCAGGGCUAAUAGUACAUUGUGUUAAUGAAAUCGAAACUCGUGGUUUAUCAGAAGUUGGUAUAUAUCGUAUCUCCGGAUCGGAAAGAGAGGUUCGUGCCUUGAAGGAGAAAUUUCUGCGCGGUAAAAUUAUUCCAAAUUUGAGUAGUAUUGAUAUACACGUGCUGUGCGGAUGUAUAAAAGAUUUUCUUCGUUCCUUGCGAGAGCCAUUAAUACCACAGGCACUGUGGAUGGAUUUCUCAAAUGCUGUUCAGGCAACUUCAAAUAAACAGAAACAAAAGGAGCUAUUUGAUGUUAUAGCGCUACUUCCGCAACCAAAUCGUGACACACUGGCUUACUUGAUACAGCACUUUCAGCGAAUAGCCGAAUGUAGAGAUAUCAAAAUGCCAUUGGAAAAUUUGGCUAAAGUGUUCGCUCCCACGAUUGUAGGCUUUUCAAGUCCCAAGUUGGAUGCUCAUGUAGUUUAUGCCGAAACGGUUAUCCAGUGUAAUAUAAUGGACAGUUUAUUAAAUAUCUCAACUGACUAUUGGUCUCAGUUUGUAAAUGUACAGGAGCCUGAACAGGAACAGAAACAUACGAUGUUGAAAACUCAAAGCUUUAUGGGUACACCGUUAUUGAAAACCGGCAGAAAAGAACGAAAGUUCUAUGCUACACCACCAUACCCAUCGAAGAAAAAGUAAUGGCAAUAUGAAGUAUAAAACAGCGCACUAUAACUUUACAAAACUUAACUUAUAGUUAAAUGUUCUGUAAAUGAUUUCCGCGUCUAUUUCAUCGUUUCAUUUUAUCAACUCGAAUAAUGAAAAUUGUAACGCAGUCAAUAUUAUUAUGUAGAAUAUUUUAGAUUGUUACUCCGUUCCAUGAUAUAUAACAAUAUAACAAUGUUAUUGAUGAUUAUAUAUACACUAAAGUCGCUUUUGCCCCGUAAAAAAUAACCGCGUAAAUGCCGGAAUCCGCGUAAAAAAAACCGCGUAAAUUCCGGAAUCCGCGUAAAAAACCGCGUAAAUACCGGAAUCCGCGUAAGAAAAACCAGCGUUAAUUCUGCAUUCCGAGUGAAGGGAAACCGAAAUCCGCGCAAAAAAAAAAUACCGCGUAAAUUCCGGAAUCCGCUUAAAUUCCGGAAUCCGUGUAAAAAAAACCGCGUAAAUUUCGGAAUUCGCGUAAAAAACGACCUUAGUGUAUAA